CGUGAGGAAGGUAGUGCGCGGCGUCCAGCCCCACCAUGCUGACCGCGUUCGCACCGCCAGCCCUGCCUGGGCUCCCAGGGCGCCUGCCUGAGGUCCCCGCCCGGCGCCAGGACUCCUCCGGUUCGUCAGGUUCCUACUACACGGCUCCGGGUUCUCCAGAGCCCCCGGACGUUGGGCCGGACGCGGAGUGCCGAGCGAAUUGGCCCGGAGUGGCCCCUGCGCUGGGGGCGGGCGCGCAGCCUCGCCUGUCCGUCAGCGCCCAGAAUAGCCGCCAGCAGCUCGGGACCAGCUCGGGUUUCCCGCGAGGCCCGGGCUCCGGCCCGCGGCCGCCCCAGCCCCAGCUGCGCAUGCUGCCGUCGGGGGAGAUGGAAGUCAUCUUCGGCGCCGGGGCCCUGUUCAGCCGCUCCGACGCGGCGGAUAGCGAGGUGCAACAGCUCACCGCUCGAGCUUUCCGCAGCCUCUCUCCGCCCGGGCCCGCGACACCUGUUCCAGCAACACCGACGCCUCAGGCCCCGAACGGUGGCUCCCGCUGGGCCACUUACCUGGAGCUGCGGCCCCGCGGGCCAAGUCCUGGGACCCCAGCGCAGUUCGAGUGUGUGGAGGUGGCGCUGGAGGAACGUGCCGAGCCCGCCAGACCCCGGACUGUGCCCAAGCGUCAAAUUGAACUGCGCCCCCGACCCCGGAGCCCCCCGCGGGAGGCGGGCGCGCCGCGCCCCCGACUGCUUCUGCGCACUGGCUCCCUGGAUGAGUCUCUGGGCCGCCUGCAGGAAGCCGCGGGUCUAGUGCAGACAGCACUGGCCAGAAAACUAAGCCCUGCGGCCCCUGCCCGGAGCAGCGCCACCUUCGGGCCCACGGGGCGGCUGGAGUGUGCGACCCGGGAAACGGCCCGCAGUACCCGAAAGGUCCUGGAGGAGGCCAGGUCUCGGCCACCCCGCGUGCAUCAUAGUUCAGCCCCCGCCAGGGCACCACGGCCGUGGCCUAGCCUCCGAGAGCGCGCGAUUCGGCGUGACAAGCCCGCGCCGGGGACCGAGCCGCUGGGUCCGGUUAGUUCCAGCAUCUUCCUGCAGUCAGGGGAGAAGAUUCAGGAGGCGCACAGUCAGGAACUCAAGACUCGGUUCCCGCGAGAGACUCUGGAUCGAACCAUCCUGAGAGAACCGUCUCCGCCUUUUGAGUCUAGGGACUCCCGGGAGGUUCCGAGUAAGGCUGGAAAACCUAGGAGCUCGUCCCCACUGUGGCAGGCUCCAAAUGGGACCGUACGGGGUCCUCACUGCCCGUCCCCCCAGAAUCUGCCUCCGUGGAAUCGAGCUAUUCGGAGAGUAAGUAGCCCGUCGUUUCCCGAGGCAUCCUCUGCCUGGGGAAAUCAGGAUCCUGCUAUCGAGGAAACUGUCAGCAGAAGAAGCCCUUCCCCACCGAUCCGUUCUCAGUGGAAUCAGGGUGUUGCCAGAACAAGAAGCCCAUCCCCCGAAGCUCCUUCCCUGUGGGAGGUUCCGAAACCUGCAGUUGGGAAUACCGCAGAGGGCAAUAGGAGCCCGUCCCCGCCGGCCUUGUCCUCACUGGAGGCUCCAGAUCAUACUAAUGGGACGUGGAACCCAUCUCCCCAAGAGACGUGGGAUCCCACACUGCAGGGCUCAUCGAUAGUACCUACAUCGGAAGCUCUAAAUGGGAUAGGACAGGAGGAGCUGGCGCUGCCUAGACCGUCCGCCCCCAGGACCCCCGAGUUCACAGACGCGCAGAGUCCGUCCACGCGGGAGGUGCGGAAUCUUGCCUUCCGAGGCAGUCAGCCGUCGCCAGAAGUGGAUGCACCCGAGCUGCCCCUCAGUCGCCUCGUGGGCACCUUGGAUGCCGAUGUGCACCGGGAAGUCUCGGGCCCUGGAGAAGCAGCCUCGGGACGACCGCGCGUGGCCAUUCCACGGCCCCGCGACGUGCGCAAGAUGGUGAAGACCACGUACGCGCCAAGCUUUCCUCCGGGAACACCAGGUUCGGGGCUGCCUGCGCCUCCGGCGGAACCCCGCGGAGAGGAGGGCAGCUCAUCCAAGACACAAGAGUUCCAGGCGCUGGAGUCCCCAGCCCCAGCUCACUACACUUCUGUUUAUCUGAAGGACUUUCUGCCAGUCGUGACGCACCCCUACGAGCCCCCAGAGCCGUCCCCCGACACAGUCCCCCGGGACGCUUCACAGCCCAACGGGGUCCUGAGGCGGAGAGCAGAGAACAGCACGGCAAAACCCUUCGCGCGCACUGAGAUCCGCCUGCCUGGUGCACUGGCCUUGGGCCGCCGGCGGGAGGGACCUGGGGGAGUCCUGGUGCGCGGUUCUGGCGUAGAGAACCGGGAUGCGGAGGUCCAGCGCCUGGUCCCUGACGGCCAGGGGCGGACCAGCCCUCUAGGAGGCGCUCGCACCUCACCCCAGCAGUCGCCCAUAGGGCCAGCCGGGCCCCAACCAUCCAGACCACCCUGUCCCAGCUCCCCUCAGGCGAACCCUAGCUUGAGCCCUGGGAUAGCACCCAAAUUGGAGACGCCUCGUGUGGCCCCCGAGACCGCGAAUGCUGUCCAGUCGUCUCUCCCGCGGGAGCCCCAGGCGUCGGCAGGCAGAACGGCCCCCCCCCAGCCCCGCGCCGCGUCAGCGCCACCGAUGGACCGGUCCCCAGAAGGCCCUUUCCAGGGGGCGCGGAAGCCACCUGGGACCGCGUAUCCGGGGAAGGUCCUGGUGGACCCCGAGAGCGGCCGAUACUACUUUGUGGAGGCGCCGCGACAGCCUCGGCUACGGCUGCUCUUCGACCCAGAGAGCGGGCAAUAUGUAGAGGUGCUGCUGCCGCCAUCGCCCCCAGGGCCACCCCGCCGCGUCUACACCCCGCUGGCCCUGGGCUCCAGCCUCUACCCGCCCGCCUAUGGGCCUAUCCCCAGCCUGUCGAUGCCGCCAUCCCCGGGCCCGCCGGCCUUCAGCGGCCCCCCGCUACCCUGGGCCUCUGAGGCGGGGCACCUGGACGGGAUGUAUUAUCUGCCAGUGAGUGGAACCCCCAGCCCCGCACCCCCUCUGCUCCUCUGUGCUCCACCCAACAGCUCAGGUUCAGCCCAGCCCGGCAAAGGGUCCUUGUUCCCAGUGUGAGGUCUGAUCCCCCAUGGUGUUGGGGCCUGUUGGUAGCCUUGGAGGUUCUGGCAUCCAGUCCCCUGCCCUUCUUUCCUUCUAUCACCUCUUUCUUUUACUCAUCGCAUCCAGUCUUCAGACCGGAAGUUACCUUCAGAGAAUGUAUCUGAAACUUUGGGACUGAUGGAGCUGGAAUUCAGAAAGUGGCUGCCUACUUCCUCCCCCAACAAAAUUGUAUACUCCUUUCCCAAGCAAUCCCAGAGUGUAGUGUGUUUGUGUGUGUGUAAAAGUGAGGGGUCUCAAGAGUUGUCCCCAGGAGCCAAUUUGAGGGGCUGUUGGGGUUUGCUAGGGGCAACAAGAAAUAGGAGCAGCAGAGGGCUGGGCUGCUCCCAGAGGUAGUGAGCUGUCUGUCCCUCCCUGAAUGGUGGACCCAGCUGAGAUGGAGCAGGCUAGUGAGCACUGGUGGGAUGGAAGGAGAAGGACUCUGGCUAGAAACUUUGUUAUUCUUUGGAAGAGGGUGUGAGCCUUGGCCUGGGAGACU